CGCCAUCUACAGGAAAAUUUCUUAUAGUACACAAACUUCUCACGUGUGAAAUCGAAGAUGACUACCGAGAGUGGAAUUCUGAAGUAUGAGGGUUGUAAUUUCUUCCGUCAACGCAUGGUCCUUGCAACCCUCAGUGGAAAGGCUAUCUGUAUCAGUAAAAUCAGGCAUAAGGAUGAUGAUCCAGGACUAAAAGACUUUGAAGCAAGUUUCAUCCGUCUCCUGGACAAGAUUACCAAUGGAUCAUACAUUGAGGUCAACCAGACUGGAACCCAAGUGCGUUACCAGCCUGGCCUGUUGAUGGGUGGUACCUUUGAUCAUGAUUGUCAUGUCCAGAGAGCCAUAGGGUACUACAUGGAAGCCCUCGUAUGUCUUGCUCCGUUCGGUAAGAAACCGGUCAAGGCGGUCUUAAGAGGAGUGACCAAUGACCAACUUGAUCCAUCGGUUGAUGUGAUCAAGGCAGUGACAUUCGCUGUUCUCAAGAAAUUUGGAAUCGAUGAAGGAUUAGAAUUAAAGGUGAACAGACGAGGGGCACCCCCUAAUGGUGGGGGAGAGAUACUGUUCAGGUGUCCUAUCAUACGUAACCUUCGACCUCUCCAGCUCACCAAGCCAGGCAAGAUCAAGAGGAUAAGAGGCGUAGCAUAUGCCAUGAGAGUUUCCCCCGCCACACCAAACCGAAUAGUCGAUUCAGCUCGGAGCAUCCUCAAUCAGUUCCUACCAGAUAUCUACAUAUACACCGACCAUAUGAAAGGACCACAGUCCGGAAAGUCUCCUGGUUUUGGGUUGUCGUUGGUUGCCGAGACGACGGAGGGGAACUUCAUCUCAGCUGAAACAGCAUCUAACAAGGCUGGAGAAGAAGCUAGUAUUCCUGAAGAUCUUGGCAAACAGACAGCUUUGCUACUCAUGGAAGAGAUAUACAGGGGUGGGUGUGUAGACUCCAGACACCAGUCACUCGCUUUGUUAUUAAUGACAUUAGGUCAAGGAGACGUCUCAAAGAUUGUUACAGGGCCCCUCUCACCUUACACGAUACAGUUCCUCAGGCAUCUGAAGGAUUUCUUCCGGGUCAUGUUCAAGAUGGAGGUGUUACCUAGUGAGGUCGAUGAGGAUGGGUCAAAGAGGUCAGGAGGAGACAAAGUGCUCCUCACUUGCAUCAGCUCAGGAUUUACAAACCUUAGUAAGACGGUCAUGUGAAUACUGACUGUUCAUGACAUACGUAUACAUGUGCUAAAGCCAGUUCUAUGGCUUUAAAAGCAGAGAGCUGAAAUCAUGAGCUCAAAGAUCACGAGAGUUUUGGGGUAAGACCGACCCCAACCCGAGGAUACUGAAAGCCUGAACUUAACUGAGCAUGGACCCCUUUAGCUUACAUGGAGAAUGGCUACUCUUUGGAUCUCUGAUGCAAACUUUGUUUUGGGAUUCACCUCUAGCCCAGUUCUAAAGCCUUAGACCAGGCAUCUGCAGAUGGUCAUGUUUCUACUGCAUUCCUUCUUUAAUGUGUAGUUGGAAACACAUUAGAGCUACACUUAUUUAUGGCAUGUGUUGGUGAUGACUUUGGAAGUAACAUGGUGCAGGCAAGCAAGAUUGAGGUCGUAAAUGGUAGCGGAACUUUAAAUUAUGAAUUGGCAAAUGAGGAAAAGAUAGAGAGGAAUGCAGAGAUGAGGCACUUCAGAUCUAAAAGAAACUAAGUUGUGUGUCAAGUCAACAUCUAUGUCUUCAAUCACAGUAUUGAAUUUAUCAUGUCUAUAAAAGAAGUGGAAUUCCAAAAUAUUGGCCUACACAGAAAAUUGAGUACAUGUACAUGGAAUUGGAAUUAUAUUCUCCAAAAUUACCUUUUUAAAAUCAUUUUUAUGCCUUGCCAUUUUCAAAUAGUAACUUAGCUCCUCAUGUGGGCAAGUGCAAGGUAUUUGGUCACUUGGAAUAGUGUUCCAUACGUAACCAAAUAUUAUGAUAUCAUGAACAUGAAUUGACAUGAGAAGUAUCAUUAACUUGUAUUUGAUCUGAUCCAAGCUCAAGUAGUGUUUCCUAACUUUUAGUCAUCAGAUAUAGCAACUUGUCCAUGAAGUGAGCAGAUUGCACUUUUAUAGAGACAGUGUUUCAACAAAAGUCAAGAAAUUACUUUGACCUCAUCUUUUUAAUAAAAGUACAUCGAAAAAUAUACAGGCAAUAUUGCAUGUCAUUUUCAUUUUUCUGGGAGCAAGAGAGAAGAAGAUAGAGUUAGAGAAGAAUAGGUCUUGGAAGUCGAGAGAGGAUCAAUAGGAGACAAGAAGAACAUAGAAGAUGUUUUGAUAUUACAGAAUGAGAGAGGGAGGGAGAGAGAGAGAGAGACAGAGAGAGAGAUACUGAGAAAGAGAGAGAAAGAGAGAAAAUAGAUAGGGAUGAAAGAGAGAAAGAGAGAUAGCAUAAGAAGGUGAUAAUACUUGAAUAAUAAAUACCAGUACGUGAAAAGAAGAGGAAUAUAUUUAGCAAAAGAUAAGUGGUUGGAUAAGAUGAUUUAUUUUGGUUGUGUAUCUGCCUUGUUCUUUUAAUUUUUUUUAAAUGACGUAAUAUUUAUUAACACA